AUGUUAAUGUUAAAGGAAUCAAACAUAGAUACUUUUCGUUGUUACAGCAAACACAACCUGGAUUUUCCAUCAAAAUCUCACCUAUAAAUUGCAAAAUUACAAUUUCACACCAAUUCAAUUUUCUUCCAGAGAAGAAGAAUCAAAGAGAAGAAGAAGAAGAAACAGAGCUUAAGCUUUUGUCUCUGUGGAGGAACAAGAGCUUAAUGCUUAUUGUUGUUCUUCUUAAUCUUCGAGUCUUGCUUUGAUUUGAUUCUUCCAACUGCCAUUCAACUUCAAUUUUCAAUUUUCAAUAAAAGGGUCAUUGUCAAAUUUAAAAAAGAUUAUUUUUUUAUUAUAAUAUAUUGAGAUGGCACAACAUGAAGCAAAACCUGAGACUUUGUCUUCUUCCCCUAAACCUGAGCCUUCUGCGGAGCCAGACAUGGCUACCAAGUCCACUAUGAUUCCGGCAACUUCAUGGUUUACACCCAAGAGGUUACUGGCUAUAUUUUGUGUGAUUAACAUGUUAAACUAUUUGGACCGAGGAGCGAUAGCGAGCAAUGGGGUUAAUGGAAGUCGUGGAACUUGCACAAAAGGUGGUACCUGCACGUCUGGAACCGGAAUACAGGGUGAUUUCAACUUGAACAAUUUUGAGGAUGGAGUUCUAUCAUCUGCAUUUAUGGUUGGACUUCUUAUUGCUUCUCCAAUAUUCGCAUCUCUAGCAAAGAGUGUAAACCCUUUUAGACUUAUUGGAGUUGGAUUGUCAGUUUGGACUGGUGCAACCUUUUGUUGUGGUUUUUCUUUCAAUUUCUGGACCAUUGCACUCUGUCGAAUGCUUGUUGGUGUUGGUGAGGCUUCAUUUAUAAGUCUUGCUGCUCCUUUCAUUGAUGACAAUGCCCCGGUUUCACAGAAAACGGCGUGGCUUGCUAUAUUUUACAUGUGCAUACCUGCUGGAUAUGCAGUGGGCUAUAUCUAUGGUGGUUUGGUAGGAAGUCAUUUUGGUUGGCGUUGGGCAUUUUUUACGGAGGCUGUAUUGAUGCUUCCAUUUGCUAUUUUGGGAUUUGUUAUGAAGCCUUUGCAGUUGAAAGGUUUUGUCCCUGCUGAUUCUAAGAAGGCGCUGACAUCUGAGACAGUAGGGUCUGAAGUUCAAGAUGUCGAUGCUUCAAAUGGAAAAGAUGAAUCAUUGUCCAUGAAGGCAGAGUUCGGAGCUAAAAGCUCACAUGAACCUUCCGAGUCAAUAUCUGCAAUCUCAAGAUUUCUGAAAGACAUGAAAGAACUUUUGCUUAAUAAGGUUUUUGUCGUCACUGUUCUAGGUUACAUAGCAUACAACUUUGUCAUAGGUGCUUACUCGUAUUGGGGUCCCAAAGCUGGUUAUAGCAUAUAUAACAUGACUAAUGCAGAUAUGAUAUUCGGAGGAAUUACAGUUGUAUGUGGAAUUUUGGGCACUUUAGCAGGAGGCUUUGUUCUUGAUUUCAUGGAUAACACCCUUUCAAAUGCAUUUAAGGUUCUCUCAUUGUCAACAUUAAUUGGCGGUGCAUUUUGCUUUGGUGCCUUCUUAUUUAAAAGCAUGUAUGGCUUCUUAGCCUUUUUUGCCAUUGGUGAACUACUUGUUUUUGCCACUCAGGGUCCGGUGAAUUAUGUAUGUCUUCAUAGUGUUAAACCAAGUUUGCGGCCGCUAUCAAUGGCAGUGUCUACUGUUGCUAUUCAUAUCUUUGGAGAUGUACCUUCCUCGCCUCUUGUUGGUGUUGUACAGGAUAAUAUUAACAACUGGAGAACUACUGCGCUGAUCCUAACAACUAUAUUUUUUCCAGCAGCUAUAAUAUGGUUUAUAGGAAUAUUUAUGCAUAGUGUGGAUAGAUUUAAUGAAGACAGUGAGGAUCAAGUAUCAAGUGUUGAAAGGACAACCACAGCACCAUUGCUUCAAGAGAAGACAGGACAAACAUCAGCAUUACAAGAAUGCUGACGUUUUCUUUUUAUUUAUAGAUUUUUAUGCCUGUCCUAGCACAAUUUAUCCCACAAUGCAGUGUAAAUAGCUUUCUUUCUUUUUUUGUUUUUGGUAAUUGGAAUUUUAUUUUCAUUUUGGUGUAAGUAUCUUUUUACUUUUGCUUCAUGGAAAUUAAUCAAAAUAUAUAUAAGAAGCAUGCACCCAUGUAUAUUAGCUCUC